CAGAACCAUGGCGGAAUUCCUGUGGACGUUUGCUGUACAAGAAGUGUUGAAGAAGACGGUGAAGCUGGCGGCUGAGCAGAUCAGUCUGGCAUGGGGAUUCGAGGAGGAACUCUCAAAGCUGAAGGACUCUCUACUCAUGGCGCAAGCCAUCCUAAGGGAUGUUCAUAGAAUGAACCCAGAUCUUGACUCCGUCAAGCUAUGGGUGAAGAACCUUGAACAUAUCGUCUUCGAAGCCGAUAUUUUACUCGAUGAGCUUGCUUAUGAAAACAUUCGACGCAAAGUGGAAAUCGAGAAAGAUCUGAGGGUACGUAAUUUCUUUUCCUUCUCUAAAAAUUUCCUUGCUUUUCGUCUCAAAAUGGCAAAUAAAACCACAAGUGUUGCUAAAAAGUUGGAUGAGCUAGUUUCUACCAAAAGUCCUUUGGGAUGUGUUGCUAUAACAUCCAAUGAAGCAGAGAUUGAUCUAAACCAAGUUCGAGAGACGGACUCAUUUCUGGAUGAAAUUGAAGUUAUUGGGAGGAAAAGUGAAGUAUCAAAUAUAGUAGAUAAGCUACUUGCCUUUAAGAAUCAAGAAACUCUAGUUGUUUUACCCAUUGUUGGUACGGGUGGAUUAGGAAAAACAACUCUUGUGAAGGAGGUUUUCCAUCAUGAUAUGAUAAGGAAGAGUUUUGAUACAUUUAUAUGGGUAUGUGUGUCUGAUCCUUUUAAAAUCAACAAAAUUUUAAGAGCAAUCAUGGGAUCAUUGAGUCCUACAUUUGGUGGCUCAGAUGAAAGGGAAAUCAUUCUUCGAGAGCUCCAAAAUUUGUUGAGUGUCAAAAAGUAUUUUCUUGUGCUUGAUGACGUUUGGAAUGAGGAGCACAUUCUAUGGAAUGAGUUAAGGGAUUGUUUGCUAAAGAUCAAUCAAAAUGUUGGAAGUGCUAUAGUUGUGACAACUAGGAGUGAUAAAGUUGCAGAAAUUAUGGAGACAAAUUACAGACAUCAUUUGAGGCAGUUACCAGAUGACCAUUGUUGGUCUUUAUUUGAAAAAUGUGCAUUUGGAAGCGAUUUACCAAUAAUUCCUGAUAUCAUUCGAGGACAGCUUGUUAAAAAAUUUGGUGGCAUACCAUUGGUUGUGAAGGUGUUAGGAGGAAUGGUGAAAUCAUGCAAGAACGAUGAUGAAUUGCAAUUGACUUUGGAAAAUCUAGCAAGAAUUGAAUUAGCAAAGAGGGAGGAGGGAGGGUUUGCAACAAGUGGCGAUGAGACGGGGAAAAAAAGGAUAUAG